CAGUGUUUUUAAACGCCAGUAGAAGUGGGGCGCCUUACCGCUCUCGACAAUUUGCAGUGCCAAUCGAUGUAAUAGGAAUGUAAAGAUUUGUCUAAUUUUUCAAUAGAGAUGAUGAAGGUCUACAUUUUUUCGCUCACUUUGGUAGCAUCGUUAGUAAAAAGAAAUGACGUGGUUAAUGCCGUUGAAGUCAACACGACGUCAGGUUGGGUUAGAGGUUACGAGGAAAAUUAUGACGAUGGAAAAGUAUUUAGAUUUGUGAAAAUACCGUUUGCCAAACCUCCAAUCGGAAAACUCCGAUUUAGACCACCACAGCCUAUUGGAGAAUGGGAUGGUAUCCAAGGGAUAUCUGAAACAAAAUCCCCCGUAUGUCCCCAGUGGCACUUUCCUUCUCCUGGAUUCAAUUUUUCGGAGACAAAUGAAGAUUGUCUAUAUCUAGAUAUCUAUGUUCCUGGUAAAAUUUCAUUGGAACGUAGCCUGUCUGUCAUGGUAUGGAUUUUUGGGGGCGGCUUCAUAAUCGGUGCUGCUAAUCAGUACAAGCCACAACCAAUGGUUUUAAAAGGGGACAUCAUAGUCGUUACCAUCAAUUACAGACUUGGACUCUUAGGCUUCUUUACAAUGCAUGAUCCUCUGUUGUCGGGAAAUUACGGAAUAAUGGACCAGAUUGAGGCUCUCCGUUGGAUUCAUAACAACAUUGCUUCUUUCGGUGGAAACCCGAACUCAGUGACCAUCUUUGGGGAGUCAGCAGGUGGUAUGUCUGUUAGUUUGCUAACUUUGAUUCCAUCCAACGAAGGUUUGUUUCAACGAGCUAUAUCUCAAAGUGGGGUAGUGUCUACUGUUACCGUUGCAAAGAAGGAAUGGGAAAUAAGAACAAAAGAUCUAUUUUUAGAAAGAACAAAUUGCAGUGACAAAGGAGAUGUUGCAGAAACCUUAGAUUGUCUACAGAAAUUGCCUGUUGAAAAUAUUACAAACGCAAUAAUGUUACCUGAUAUAAUGGAUUCCCAAAACGUGUCUUAUCAAGCUGGGGGAUUAUAUCCAAGUGUAGAUGGCAAGCUAAUAGGUGAACAUCUAGCUUAUCCGAAAUCUCCUGAAGAUAAGAGCUAUGAAUUUUUCCGCUCUCUGGACUUUAUGUCUGGCACUCUAGACGGUGAAGGCAAUAUGCUGUACAUGGGCUUGACACCUGACGUUCAAAAGAAAUAUAACUUUAGCGUUACAGAAAAAAUUCCUAAAAGCGUCUUAUGUGAGAUGACAGCACCUGUCUUUGUUAAUAACGCAGUGGGAAAUGUUCCUGAAUUAGCUCAAGAAAUCUGUGAUUUCUACACUACCGCUGAAAGUAUUGAUGCCCAAAGUAAUAAAGUGUGCGAGUUUCAUGGCGAUUCGACUUUCAUCGUGCCAAGCAACUUAAUGUUGUCAACCCACGCCAAAGAUAACCCCCAAGCAAACACCUAUCAAUUUCUUAUAACCAAAACGAGACCCUUUCCUAUUGGAGGAGAUCCACCAUCUUGGUUUAAAGGAGCUGGGCACGCAGAUGAUUUGCGUUUUUUCUUCAACUUUUCAGAUAUAUUCGAAAUUCCCGAUGAGAAAAGGAAAGAAUAUGAUGAAGAUCAAGGCUUAUCUAAAAAAAUCAUCCAAUACUGGACUAACUUUGCCAAGUUUAGAAACCCAAAUGGAGAGAAUAUUCCUCUGUGGCCUUCCUAUGAAAUAAACAGAAAGCAAUACAUCAUCUUCGACACACCAAUUGAAACGGCAGAAAAUUUAAAAUCUGAAGCCACGGAUCUUCUUAGUAGAAUAUUGGAAACCGGCCGUCGUCACUUGACUCGUGAUGAGUUGUAAAAAAUUUAAGAAUGAAUGAUAUAGAUUAUGUCUCAAAACAAAUAUGGGUACUAUGUUUUUAUUGUUUUAGAUAUUAUAAAGAUAGAUCUAGAGGUGUUUUUUUCAUUUUGUAUACUUUUGUAGAUAAAUAAAAAUUUUAAAAAUAC